AUGACUUCACCGUUUCCCAAGUCUACGCCCACGGCCGGAGGGGGCAGCAUCGUGGCCGGACCGCUCCCGUCUGGCGGUACCGGACUCGAAAUCAUGAGAUACCAGUACCCCCUCAAACUCAUCUCACCAUCUCCUUCCAGCAACCAGAGCAGCGUUCUCGUCUUUCUGCUCUCGUACGGCGGUGGGCUGGUCGGCGGCGACUCGGUUGAUCUCUCCGUCAAGGUCAAAAAAGGCUCAAAGCUCAGCCUCGUGACUCAGGGACACACAAAGGUCUUCAAGUCUCCGUCAAAGUCCGUCUUGACGAGCCAGGUCAUGAGCGUCGAGAUUGAGGCCGGCGGUGCCAUGUGCCUCCUGCCGGAUCCCGUACAGCCGUUUGAAGAGAGCGUCUAUGCGCAGACGCAGAUUUUCAAAACUAGACCAGGCUCGUCACUCUGUCUUUUGGACUGGGUCACCCAAGGGAGGACAGCGAGAGGCGAAGACUGGAGCUUUUUCCAGUGGACAGGCCGCAACGAGGUGUGGCUGCUCGACGAGGCCGGCAAAGACAGGCUGCUGGUCCGCGACAAGGUCAUUCUGGCCGGCGAUGGCGGCUCUUCCAGCGACGGGCCUCUACGCAAAGUCAUGCACAAGAUGGGAAUCUUCGGCACGCUCAUUCUGCGGGGCGACCUGAUGAGGCCUCUGGGCGACUUCUUCCUCGCCGAGUUUGCCGCUCUUCCUCGCCUGGGAUCCCGAGACUUCCGGACGGCGGAAGCUCGCAAAGCUGCCGAUGACAGCAUGACGGAGCACGAGCAGUGGCGCUCUUGGAGAAUCGACAUGGAGACGGUGGAAGGGGUGUUGUGGUCGGCCGCCAAUGUCCGCGGCUGUGUUGUGGUCAAGUUUGCCGCCACGGCAGUAGAGGCUGGGCGAGAAUGGAUUGGGUCAAUGCUUUUUAGAGAAGGCAGUAUUGAAGCCAAUUUUGGAGAAGAUGCCCUCAUGUGUGUUCGAUGA